AUGGCUCCAAGCAACAGAUCGGCCGUAGUGCGGCCACUGCCACCCGAUGCCCCACGCAGUAUCCCCGACCCGAAAGGAAAAGCUGCAGAUGUCGAGAACGAGGACCAGCCGCUGCUGAAAUCAUCCAUCCCAGACGACCCGCGAGCGCAAGGGCUCGGAUUCAUUGUCUUCGCGGGGUUAAACUUCAGCAUCGCAUCGAUCUGCAUCAAGUAUGCCAGCCACCGGGUGACAUCCCAUGAAACAGUCUUCUGGCGGAUGAUUGUGGCUCUAGUCCUCAAUUACGUUUGGGCUCGAUACAAGAAGCGAACUCUGGUGGUCGAGCCAAAGUACCGCGGUCUGCUGCUCUUCCGCAGUAUCGUGGGAACUGUGGGGGUGAACAUUCAGUUCUACGCAAUGUCGAAGAUGGUUCUGACGGACGCGGUGGUGAUCAUACUCACCAGCCCAAUCUUCACCUUCUUUCUCGGUGCUGCGGUUCUUGGAGAGAAGAUCAAUCGAGUUGACCUCCUUGCCGGAAUUACGUCAUUCAUAGGCGUCAUGUUCGUGACAAGGCCCGCCUUCCUGUUCCCGACCGAAGUCGUUAGCGCUCAAGCGCCCAUGUUGGCGAUCUACUGCGCCAUCGGUGGUUCGCUGACCUCUGCGGUGGUCUACAUCCUGCUGCGACGACUAACCAAAGUGGAUCCCUUGAUCGCUAUCCACUACUUCUUCGUGUUCGGGACAUGCACCUCGAUCAUAACGCUCUUGUUGCUCGGCGUGUCCAUGACAGUGCCACUUGAGGCGACAUUCCUGUUCGCUAUCUUUGGUAGCGGCUUCUUCUCCUUCAUCGGUCAAGUUUUCAUGACCAAGGGAUUCCAGCGAGAGAAGGCGGGCAUCGCUUCGGUGAUGCGCUACUUCGACGUUGUGUUCGUGGUAGCGAUGGACGUGCUGAUCUUGGGCGAGCACGUGAACAUUCUCAGUCUCCUGGGAGCAGGGAUCAUCAUGGCUGGAGUGUCGAUGAUCGUCCUGCGCCGAGCUCGUGAGAAGGAGUAA